GGGGGGUCAUUUAGAAAAUAUACAUGAUGUUUUUGUACGCUGAUAGUUGUGUCACAUGCUCUCGACGUUUUAAGAAUAUAUGAUUUAUUUUUUUUUUAAAGUGUCGUCCUGUAAAUAAACUAAUUUGUUUACAGGCAGCCAAUGAUUUUAUCAUACUAGGGUCUAGAUCUAUAUAUUUUUUAAAAACGUUGAGAACCUGCAAGUCGUGUGUUGAAACAUGUUUUCGCGCCACGUGAAAAAUUAAAAUUUUAUCCAAUCAACAAUUCUAAAUCUUAUCUGUCCGUAUCUGCACUUGUAAACAAUAUGGCGAUCGGGAGGCCUCAGAAAUAAGUUUCCACACCAAUAAGAAGUAAAAUGGAGGAAAUUCAAAGCCCAACAAAUGAAUUUGAAGCUCUGAGGGAUGUGGAUGGACAUGAUGGUGUAUCACAGGCAAGCAUAAAUGGAGGAGAAGAAGAAGAAGAAUCUCCAAGCUCCAAUGAACAGUUGUACUCUGGAAGCUUUUAUCCAACAUCAAGUAGCUUAUAUAGGUAUCGGUCAAAGCCGGAGGACACUUCCAACAAUUACAAUUAUCAGAACGUGACUGCUGACUGGAAGAUGUCGCUGUCCCGAUCUCCCAUACAGAAUGAUGACAUCAACAAAUACAGGCUGGAGAACAACCAGCUCCGUCUACAAGUCAAACAGCUCAACCUUGACCUCCAAUCAGAACAAGAGACCUUGUCUCAAGUGCGUCGUAGACUGAAUGUGGCGGAGAAGGAGAGACUGGAAGCAGCCACUAGAUCAAAUACAGAGACAUCGGAGCUGGAGAGUCAGGUAGCCAAACUGAGGUCACAGCUGGAGAAAGGGGAGGCUACUCGACAGAAUCUAGAGUUUGAGCUAACAAAAUGUCAGCGAGAAAUCAACCAUCAGAGAAGCUCAGUCCAUGAGAGAGAAUCACAGCUUAGUGACGUAAAAGACCAGCUCCAGAGUAAGAUCAAUGAGUUGACCCGAGACCUACAGGACACCCAGCAUCAACUUAACAUUGAGAAGCAAAGCUCAAAGGAAACAGAAACACAGCUCAGGAGGAGCAUUGAGGAGAGAAACCAUUCGGUGUCAAAAUGUCACACAGAGUUGGAUAUACUGAGGGCAGAACGGGACAAACUGGACUCCCUUGUGGUGCAACACGAAAGUGCCAUAUCAGAGUUCACUGAAAAGAUACAAGACUUAGAGAGUGAAAGAAAGAACCAAACAGAAAAUCUGAGGAGAACGUUAACAGAAAUUGAAUAUGCUAAGGAGAGAGAGGAUCGGCUGAAAAAAGAUCUAGAGAUGUCACUACACAGACUUCGUUCAGUGGAGGAGAACGUUGAAGCAGAGAGAGCAGCACAUCUGGAAACCAAAUUCAACUCGGAAAUCAUACAGCUUCGAGUAAGAGAUUUGGAAGGUGCUUUGGAGGUAGAAAAGUCGGCCAAUGAUGAAGCCAACAAGGCGAUAGACCGGCUAACCAAACAGAUUCGAGAACUGGAGCACUCAUACGAGGAGGAGCGGAGGAACAAUAAGGACGUGAAUAACAAGCUAGACAAGGUGGAGAAGGAGUACAGCUCAGUGAAGAGGCAGCUGACCUCAGAGGUAGAAAACAAAAAGAACGUCAUCGGAAACCUGUCCAAAGAGCUGGAGGUCCACCAGAAAAACUUCAAUGAACUCAAAGAGGAACUCUCCAAGGCUAAGAAGAGGCAGAUUUACCUUGAGGAGACAUAUGGAGGCAGUAUGAGGGAGCUAGAACUGUUAUUGAGUAACUUCCAGGUUGAUGAGAAACCAAAACGGGCCUCAACCUCAAAGAGUAAGAGGGAGAGUAGAAGUGGCCCCGCCCCGUCGUCUGUCCUGGAAACGCUACGUGUGACUCUAACUGAGUACAAGAAACGUCUGGAUGACACCACGGAGGAACUUGGUAAAAUGAAAAAAUCCAGCGAUGCUUUGCACAAAGAAAUUGACCAGUGCAAGGAGAUGAUCUGGGCCAAGGACAAAGCAUUGGAGGAUGCCCAGAAGAACUACACCAGGACUGCCAAAGAACUAAACCGGGUGAGAUCUGAGUACUCUGAGAUGGAGAACAGCAUGGCUAAAAUGAGAAUCAACCUGCAGAGCUCUAGCAGUAACUCCACCAAGGACCGAAGACGAGUUCAGGAACUCUCGGAGGAGAUCAUGAAGUUGGUUAAAAGGCAUAAAGCAGAUGAUGAGGAGAAACUGGCCUUUCUGCAUGGUAUGUACCAGCGGCUGUUGGCCGGCCGGGUCAUGGUUCCUCCUAAGGACACGUCCGUUCACCAGUUCACCUGGGCUGACCUCACUAGUCUAGUUUAUGAGCAGAUGUGCAACUUAGUGACUACUGCACAGAGAACUGACGAAAAGAUAAGACAUCUUGAUGAGGCUACUAGGAUGAAGGAAGAUGCUCUGGAGGAUAUGCAGAGAGCCCAUGAGGACCAGCUUAAUAAACUGACAGCCCUGACCAAAGAACGGGAAAUAGCCUGGAACAAGCAGAAAGAGGAAAUAGAAGCACACUACUCACAACUUCUGGCUGAGAUUCAAUCCAGAUCAAAGAAGAGUCAGUCAAUGGCUGAUCAGGCAUGGGAGAAGAUAAGAAUGACCGGCACAGUCCAGCAGGGGCUGGAGACUGAGUGUUAUGAUCUGAGAACUCACCUGGCUGAAGCCCAGAAGCAGAACCGAGCACUGCUGGCCACCUGUAGCCUCCUGGCAGGUGCCCUUUAUCCCACCUUCUCGAGAUCCUCCCUUCUGGCCGUUCAGCGGAAUAUGCUGGAGGAGCAAAUGUCAAACUGGGAGUUUUGUAGGGAGAGAAUGGAGCUACUGGUUACAACUCUCAGUGCUGAAAUGAAGGCUGCUGCAGGAGAACCCAGUAAACUGGAAAAACCUGUCAAACGACACCCCCUGUUAACAUUCAGGGUGGGGGCAGUGGCUGUGUUGGCAGCUAACCGGUUGAAAUAUUUUGGACAGAAUUGUAAUAGGAUGUUUGUUACUUAUGACACUGUGAUUUCAAAUCAGAAUGGCAUUGUAGUGUGCACAGGUGGAAUAAAACCCACAGUAAAGGCAUUCCCAGGUGAUAUAGAAGAGAGAGAUAAUGAUGAAAUGCAUAGCUCCAUCCUUCAAUGGUUGUCCAGUGCAGAGCUCCUAAAUGCUGCCACUACCUCCAUGUCUGAACUCUUAGAGGUCACUGAUCAGGUCAAAGGCAAAGAAAGAGCUUCAGCUGUGGAGAUGAGAGCUGUAGUGCAUGCUGCCAGGAAUUCCUUUACUAAACUGGUAGACAAACUUAGUCGACAAUUUGAAGGAGCUUUACCUCAUCCUGGCCUGGGCGGAAGAGAUCGCAAUUCUCUUAUCAGGGUUCUUGGGCGAGGUCUCAGCAAAAUCUGUGUGGGAAAAUCUGUAGACCAGAAAGGACAAAUUGUUCCAGCUCAGGAAUUGUUGGGGGCUUUGCAAACCCACAUCCUAGACUUUACCCAGAGACUACACAUGGUGGAAGUGGAGCGGCGGCAACUGGUUGUGGAACUCGAUCGCAUGAAGGAUGAGUGCGCAGACCUCCCUCAGAAAGAAGACAUAGAGAGACUGCAGGACCAACUCAGCUUCAUCAAGGGCAAGGACCUAGACUUUGUGUCCAUUGAUAAAUUUGAGAGUGUGUGUCAGGAACUGAACAAUGCCCUACAGAGGGAGCAGCAGGCUCAACACCUGUUAGUGGACCAGAGUCGUCAGCUGGAGGAGAUCACCAUGAGGCUGGAUCUGUACACCACGGAGGGCAUGGAGAAAGAACAAACAUUGUCAGAGGCAGUACAUGGUUUGACGGAAACCAAAGGUGAACUGAAAAGGAAGGAACAGACCCUGAGGCAGCUGAACAGACAGGUGAUAUCGCUGGAGAGUGAGAAAAAAGCAUUCCUUACCAACAUUGCCGACGCAGAGAAAGCCCUGAGGACUGUGGCCAGAGAUAAGGAGACAUUGGCUCAGUACCUUAAGUCAGUAACCAUGGCAUUAGAACAGGCAAAGAAGGAGUUAUCGCUGGCUAAAGGUGUCACUGAUUUCUCAUGGACCAAACGGUUACUGAACGCAGAUUUCAUUCCCAGUGAUGUUGGCAAGGCUGGACCAGAACUCAUCGCUGCACAGAACUUGGUCGGAGCUUUUGUGGAGACCCAGAAUCAGGCAGUCAGUAAGAUUCGGUCACUGGAGGAAGAAAUUGACACACACCAACAGCACAUCAACACACUGAAACGGGAACUGAGUGAUGCCGUUCGACGGGAAUAUGACGAGAGUGCUGAAAUUCCUACCCGAGACCACAAUAAGGAUAUUGAUGCCACUCAGUCAGAAAGUUUCUUGCCAAUUAGGGAAGACUCUGAAAUUUCUUUUGCCAUGCCUAAGACAGCCACCCCAAAGUCAAAGAAAUUAGAUUCUUCUCUCAGGAGAUCCGAGAGCGAUGCCAAGCGCUUCAUUCAGAAAUGUCCUGAAGAUUUAGUUCGAUUGCCGACACCAUGUGACCUCCAGUAGUCUCCAAAGUUCCAGACCCCAGUUAGGUCCAGUCGACCAACCAACAUCCGUCCUAAAGCAUUUGAACCGCAUGGAAGAUAGCAGGGAGCCAUAAAGGGGGAUAACUUUACAGGGUUAACAUUCCACACUGUCAACUGUGAUAUAAUCUACACAAACCAAAUAUACUCGCACAUUCAAUCAGGCCAAGUGAUUUAAAUCAAAAACUGCUAUUAUUAAAACAAUUGACAGUCAUUUAUGAGAGUCCAUUUUAUCCAUUCCGCUGAUGAGAGGGAGCGUGGAGAUAAGUGAUAUUUGUUAUGUGACUAUUUGUGGUGCUAUCAUGUCCGAGAGGCGUAAUGAUAUUAUUAUUUUUGUGUGUGUCAGCUCCUAAUGGCUGAACAUGCAUAAGUUCAGAAAAUGAUCACUUGCAUUUUGAAAAUUAAUGUAGCAUUGUAGAGAUAAAAAAUAGAAAGAAAAAUUGACUCUAUUUUAAAAUUCACUACAUGUAUAUUAGAAUUUCUUUAACUCAUUUCUUUUUUAGCAAUAUGGAUGUAAGACUACUGAACUAUAAUAUGAUACUAUUGUAGGGUGCAGUUUUGAUAUAAGACCACCAUGUCCUAAUACACAUGUGAAAUUGUAUAGUUUUCUAAAGUCAUGAACAAUGCAUUUUUCUCCCUAAAAUGUUCUAUUUGACUUCAAUUUUGUCGAUAGAUGUUGCAUUUAUGUUUUGUUAUCUCCGUCCUUAUCUAAUUUUAUUUAUGUUUUGUUUUACGAUAAGACACCAGUAUUCUAGUUGUGUAUUUGUUUUUCAUGACAUUGUAUAUUAAAAGAUAAAGUUGUAGUAUUAAAUGAAAUCCUUUUUAUUAGUAACAUUCCAAUACAAGAGGCCUUAUAAAGCAUAACAUAUUCUUGUCAUCAAGUGCUGUUACUGGGGUUAUUAGGGGGAGCUUUUUUUUUUUUUUUUUAUUUACAACAGAAAAUAGAAAUGUUCAAUUUAGUAAAAGAGAGACCUGACCAUAUCAAUUCCAAUUAUAGAUAAUUUCCAGAGCAGCUUGUAUUAGCAUGUAUUAUUUAUCAACAUUUUGGGCUUUUCAAUUCAGAAUUAUGUACUAAAUGUUAAUUUGCAUUAAUAUGAAAUAAAAUGCAAAGCAUAAAA